AUGUUGGAAGGGCAUCUGUCAACCAGAAAACUCCCGACGUCAUGCAAUAUACUCGGACAGUCGUCGACCCUGGAUGAAGUUUUUCUGUCUCGUGUGACAUCACAGCCGGUUUUGUACGAUAUGAGCCAUAACAGUGGUGUAGAAGGUGGCGUUCAUGUCGGCAAGAUUGUCGCUGCCCAGAUUCUGGUGGAAGGGGCUGACGUUAAGCUGAGUUCUGACGUCAUACCUACGUCAGCGGCCAAAGGUCAAGGCACAUGCUUAAGUUGUUUCCAGGUGUUCAUAUCUUCCAUGAUUAUCAUCGCGCUGAUCUGCUGCACUCUGGUAUUCUGUCGGCAGUACAUCAAAGCUGUUCUCACCUGGAUGGAGACGCUGGACAUGUAUUUCAGCUGCACGAUUUACCUCCUCUUGUUUCUGCUGGUAUCCUUCCCCAUGGUCUGGGGUUAUCUCCUCCUGAUCGUGUCGGCAGGCUAUUUAUACGGCCUGGUUUAUGGUGUCUGUAUUGUGCUGUUCUGUGCUUCAUGUGGCGUUCUCCUCUCGCACGUGACUCUCAAACGAACCUGCAACAAACGGAUAUUAGACAAGUUUUAUAACGAUAAAGUGGCUGCCAUUGUCCGAGUCGUGGAGAGUGAUCAGGGAUUGAAGGUUGUAACGUUGGCCAGGCUCACGCCGAUACCGUUUGGAUUACAAAACGCCAUAUUCGCCAUGACCAAUGUCCAUCGUGUUAAGUACUGCCUUGCUUCCAGUGUGGGCCUCGUCCCCAUGGUUGUUCUAAACUGUUACUUAGGCUCCACUCUGCGCUCCAUGAGGGACGUCUUCUCAGACGGCGAGGAAACAUCAACAGCCUAUCUUGUAUUCGCCGUUCAGAUUGUUUUGACGGUAGUUUUCAUGAUAUUUGUUAUCCGCAAAGCUCGACAAGAACUUGCCAAAGCUGUGGACAACGUCAACACCUCUCCUUCGCCAGGGAAACCAGCUACAGGCUCCUCAGCGCAUGCGUCAUUCCAGAUGAAUGCUUAA